CCGGAAAAGGAUGGCAUGUUUUGUUUUAGUGUCACAGAAUUAGCACGCAGGCUGCGCCUUUCCCUGUAAACGCUAGCCAAGGAGGCAAUGGCAUCUCCGCUAACGGGGCGCUUUCUUGACAAUAAACCCCCGAAGGUGCAUUGGUCGCUGCCAUUUCUGUGUUUGGCAUUCGUCCUGGUCGGGAAAGGCGAGGGCAACGCGAUGGACAACGUCGCCACAGAGAGGCUGGCUGAAGAAAGCCACCGACAAGACAGUGCCAACCUUCUCAUAUUCAUCAUGCUCCUAACGCUCACCAUUCUCACUAUAUGGCUCUUCAAACACAGACGCUUUAGGUUCCUGCACGAAACAGGACUUGCUAUGAUUUAUGGCCUGUUGGUGGGUGUGAUCCUGAGGUUCGGCAUCCACGUGCCCCAAAGCAUGAGCGAUGUGGUCCAGGGCUGCGCCGUGAACGCCAGUCCCGCCACCCUGCUGGUCAACGUCAGCGGGCGGUUCUACGAGUACACCCUGAAAGGCGAGGUCAGCCGGGGCAAAGGUCACCAAGUGCAGGAUGACGAGAUGCUGAGAAAGGUGACCUUUGACCCGGAAGUCUUUUUCAACAUUUUGCUGCCCCCAAUCAUCUUCCAUGCUGGUUACAGUCUAAAACGGAGACAUUUUUUCCGAAACAUCGGCUCCAUCCUGGCGUACGCGUUUGUGGGAACCGUUAUAUCCUGCUUUAUUAUCGGGCUCAUCAUGUAUGGCUUUGUGUCCUUCAUGAAAAUGGUGGGCCAGCUGGGGGGAGAUUUUUACUUCACGGACUGUCUUUUUUUCGGGGCUAUCGUUUCGGCAACAGACCCAGUGACAGUCCUGGCCAUUUUCAACGAGCUGAAAGUAGACGUGGACCUGUACGCUUUACUUUUUGGAGAGAGCGUACUUAAUGAUGCCGUCGCUAUCGUCCUCUCUUCCUCCAUUGUGGCCUACCAGCCUACCGGGGACAACAGCCACAGCUUUGAAGCCAUGGCCUUGCUCAAGUCGUUUGGCAUAUUCCUGGGCGUCUUUAGUGGAUCGUUUGCUCUUGGAGUGGUCACUGGAGUGGUGACUGCGCUCGUGACCAAGUUCACCAAGCUGAGGGACUUCCCCUUGCUGGAGACGGCGCUUUUUUUCCUCAUGUCCUGGAGCACCUUCCUGUUGGCUGAGGCGUGCGGCUUUACCGGCGUUGUUGCUGUGCUAUUCUGCGGGAUGACCCAGGCGCACUACACCUACAACAAUCUCUCUCGGGACUCACAGGAUCGAACCAAACAGUUGUUUGAGCUGCUGAACUUUCUGGCGGAAAACUUCAUCUUCUCCUACAUGGGCCUGACGCUCUUCUCUUUCCAGUCACACGUCUUCAACCCUUUGUUUAUCAUCGGCGCGUUUAUGGCGGUGUUUUUUGGCAGGGCGGCAAACAUCUACCCUUUGUCUUUCCUGCUCAACCUGGGCCGCAAGAACAAAAUUGGCUCCAACUUCCAGCACGUGAUGAUGUUUGCAGGUCUGCGUGGGGCCAUGACCUUUGCCCUCUCCAUCCGAGACACAGCCACCUACGCUCGGCAGAUGAUGUUCUCCACCACCUUGCUAAUCGUCUUCUUCACCGUGUGGCUCUGCGGAGGCGGCACUAUGCCCAUGCUGUCCUUCAUGAGCAUUCCCGUGGGUGUGGACUCUGAUCAAGAACACUCUAGUUUUGGAAUUAUGGACGGGUCACAGAGGAGGAACACCAAGCAUGAGAGCGCUUGGCCCUUCAGGAUUUGGUACAACUUUGAUCACAACUACCUGAAACCCCUCCUGACCCACAGUGGCCCCCCUCUCACUGCUACUCUGCCUGCCUGCUGUGGUCCUCUGGCUCGAUGCCUUACCAGCCCGCAGGCGUAUGAGAACGAAGGUCAGCUCCACGACGAUGACUCCGACUUCAUCCUGAACGACGCCAGCGUGAGCUCCAUGUACGCCGACGUCACCGUCAGCACGGACGGUUCGGGCUCUGGCGCCGUCAAGCGCACCGCCGGCAGCACGGUGGCGGGCGGCCUUUUUGACGAGGGCCUGGAUCAGGAGCUGGCCCUGGUUGAGCACGAAGUGUCCAUCAGGGGCACCCGCUUGGUCCUGCCCAUGAACGACCAGGCCGAUCCCCCGACCACCGUCACUCUGCCACCGCCGCCCUCCCCGCCUCGCUCCGACCCCCGCAGGCACAGACUGUAAGAAGGGUGCGGCUUCUUCGUGUCACUCAAUCUAAGUUGAUUUGAAAAAGUUAUGAGGCUUGUUCCGGCUAUAUUUAUGGGAGCGUAAUAUAUUUUUCUAUUGGUCUAAAUCAACAUUUCUACAAGUAAAAUAAGAAUGUGUACAGUGUUUCCCACACAUUUAUUUAUUUGAGGUGGCCCGCCUUGUCUCACCCUCGUGCAUAAACACAUUAUUACGGGACUGCCCCGAGUGGGACAGGCGGUAAAAAAUGGAUGGAUGUGUUUGAAUGUAGCUUGUCGUUCCAAUUCUGUAACAUAGCUCAUGCCUGGUCUGCCAGAGAAUAAGAUGACGUAGCAGGAGGGAUCAGUGUUGCCAAUUUAGCGAAUAAUCAGACACCUUGAGAUUCUCUUUUUCAAAAAAGCGCUUAAUUUAGCGAUUUUUUGUUUUUCUCGGGGACUUUUAAACCUACUGGAAAUGAUGAUGGGUUUCACAUUGUAAAGCGCUUUUAGUCUCUAGAGAAAAAGCGCUAUUAAAGUAUAAUUCACUUCACUAACUUGAAAGCAUGUAUCGCUCUUCUCAACGGGCAACGGGUGCUCUGAAAGCACUCACAGGCGGCUUAAAGAAGUGCCAGAAGAAAGUAAUUUUAGUGCUGGUGGUGCUGUAAAAUAAUUCACUUUUAAAAUCAGAUCAAAUAAUUUUUAAAAUCAGAUCAAUCACACUUAAUUAUGCAGUUAAUUACUUGUUAGCGUAUUUAAAAAAAAAAAAUUCUGACCCAAAUUUUAUUGUCAGAAUAUCAUUCAGGAAUAUUUUUUUACUCUUACAUUAUUUGCUCAAAACUUGCUAACAGUAUGAAUUUUAUUUUGAACAAUUCUGAAAUAAUAUUGCAAGUAAAGAAUAGCUAACAUACUAAACAUAUCCAUUUUAUCCAUCGAAACAUUUUUUUUUAAUCGCAUGCGUUGCUUCUCAUGAUUUUUGCUACCACAGCAUCCAUAAAAAUGACACAAACAUGCGGCAUGGACCAAUUAGCUGUUUAGUGGGAAACACUGAUGUACAAAAUCAAUUACGCUGUCAUAAUUAUAGCCGUCGUAUUUGUUCUUUUUUUUUUUAAUGUAAUGAAUGGAAUAAUCUGCCACUUUCGCCGUCUCUCGUCCACUAACAUCCACCGUCGACAGGAGUGGGAGGAGGGCUUCGUUGCCGUAAGAUUGAACGUGAAGGCGCCAUGUGCAAGGUCAGGUACUGUCGAUCAAGUGCACCUUCUACUGAGAACCCAACUGUUUUUCAAUGAAAUUGCUUCCCUCCGCAUUUGAGCACAAGUAGCACCAAGCGGUUCAUUUAUGUCGUGAUUUAUUUAUUUAUUUAUUUAUUGGUUUUGUGGAAUUGCGGCGAGACUCGGUGGCGAAAGGCUGUUCUUACGCACUUUUAUUUCCCCCGAAAGGCACCGCGAGCAACUCAUCCUGUGCGAAGGGGUUUGUCACAUGUGUCUGUAAGGAAAAACAAUCUUUUGUGUAAUGUAGCGAGAACGUACAUGAAAGCCUCUUUCACACAGAGAUCCUGCAAAAUCUGAGGCCCGCCUGUGCCUUUUAUACACAACCACCACGCUUUUCACACCGCAACGGAUAAUGAUGUUGCGCCAUCUUCUGGUGUAAUGCGCGUAAAUACGGAAUGGUUGGGACAAACACGACCUGGGAAUUUUCCUGCUAGUAUCAAAGCCAAUUGGAUGCAAAACGGCUGCUGAACAGCACUGCUACGGAAAGUCUCUACUUACCGCCAAUCCCCACCGCCGUGUUGCGCCUCCACUGUGUAGUAAAAUAGCGCAGACUUUUCCGAGAUGUGGCGCAUCUGUUUUUUCUGUCUUUCUAGAGGAGCAGAAGCAGAUAAAUUCAGUUCUGCCAUUCGAGAUACGUAACGGCUGCUGAGCGGCAACACAGCGUAACGUCUCGAGCUUUGCCAUCCAUCAAUACAUACAGGUCAUCAAGUCUGUGGCGGCACUGACUUGAUUUGACUUGCCGGUCCAAUAUAGACUUUUUAAAUCCAGCAGAUGGCGCCAUUGUAAGACAGUGUCGAUACAGCUAGUGAAUGUGCCACCUGCUCACUGAAGACAGGUGACAAAAUGGAUAGCAAUGUGGUUAUUGUGUCUUGUAAUACAAUGCACAUAAGUCCAAGCCCGGUCUUGAACAUGUUUUUUUUUGUUGUUUUUCUAAAAUUGAUUUAACUGCGAUUUGUGAUGAAAUUUAAAAAUCCCUUUUUUUUUUAAACACAUUUUCCCAAUACAUUUUCCAUAUUUUUAAACGCAAAUUCUGACAUAAGUUUACAGAGUACACUGCUUAGUUCCUGGGUGCAAGAGUCUUGACACUGUCGGGCACUUGCUGAGAUGCAACCACUUGAGUUUGGCCCCCUGCGUGUAGAGUGCAACAUCCAAGUGUU